AUGGCUUCCCGGCUCGACCGCCUUGUUACGCUACUCGAGACGGGCAGUACACAAUUGAUCCGUAAUACUGCUGCCCAACAGCUCGCAGAUGUCCAAAAACAACAUCCAGAUGAGCUGUUUAAUCUACUCGGGCGCAUCCUUCCUUAUCUUCGAUCGAAGUCCUGGGAUACAAGGACAGCUUCGGCCAAAGCAAUUGGUCUGAUUGUUGCUAACGCAGAUCUUUAUGAUCCGAAUGAGGAUGACGGGCUCCAGAUCAAGUCUGCAGCCGAUGAAGAUGACGUGGAGAUCAAGUCCGAGGUCAAAUCGGAGGAUCCCAUUGUGGAUAAUUUCCUGAAGCUCGACCUCUUGGACAUCCCAUCUAUUUUGAAAUAUGGCAAGCGUCUGCUCGGUAGUGCGGGAAAGGAGUAUGAAUACUCGCUCGCAUCCAUGGAACCAUCCGCACGGCUGCAGCAUCAAAAGAAGACUUUGACUUCGCGGCUGGGACUGGAAGGGGAAUACUUCGAGGAAGACCUGAUCGACGACAUUGAACUGGCUCCCAAAGUGGUAACUCCUGCACCGAAGCAUGAGCCGACUGUCCCAGCAAUCUCUCGUCACAACAGUAUGCAAGAACCUCCAUCUCGCCGACCUUCCUCGCCAAGCGAAAGUGGGAUCAAGGAAGAUGGCGGGCUGAGCAAACGGCAACUGAACCAGCUCAAACGGAAGAACAAACAGAACGCUAAGCUGGGGGCUAACAAGGUCCGCGUUGUGGAUUUGUCAUCCCGCCGACAGUCUGAGAUUGUUACAACCCCUCUGGUCGCGACUCCUCAUCCCAUCAAAGCAGAGAAUGGUGAUGAUCAGAAUGGCGAGACGAAGCCUGAUUAUUUCUCCCUUGAACGUACCGAAGAGGAUGACGACUCCAAGAUUGUUUCUGAGUUCAAAGGAGCUGUCGUCCCUGAGCGACCCCAUAUCCUGCCAGAUAUUGUGGAGCAGGGCGCAGGAUGGCCUCUAGAGCACAUGUGUGAAUUUCUGACUAUGGACAUCUUCGACUCCAAUUGGGAAGUCAGACAUGGCGCAGCAAUGGCUCUGCGUGAAGUCAUCCGGGUGCAGGGCGUGGCAGCUGGCCGUCUGGACGGGAAAUCUCGCACAGAGAACGAUGCCCUCAAUCGCCGGUGGUUGGAUGAUCUUGCAUGCCGACUCCUCUGCGUCUUGAUGCUUGACCGGUUCGGUGAUUAUAUUUCAGACAAUGUGGUCGCUCCAAUCCGUGAAACAGUCGGACAGACUCUCGGUGCUCUUCUCUCACACCUACACCCCAUGUCAGUCCGGUCGGUAUACCGAUGCCUAUACCGGAUCAUAAUGCAGACCGACCUCGGCCUAGACCGCCCUGUUUGGGAAGUCUGCCAUGGUGGCAUGAUUGGCCUGCGGUAUCUGGUGGCUGUUCGAAAGGACUUGCUCGUCAAAGAUUCCAGUAUGAUGGAUGGCGUCUUGGAAGCUGUAAUGAAAGGUCUCGCCGAUUAUGACGACGAUGUCCGAGCUGUGAGCGCUGCCACGCUUGUUCCCAUUGCAGAGGAAUUUGUCUCUUCCCGCACUGGCACUCUUGGCCCUCUGAUGAAUAUCGUUUGGGACUGUCUCUCCAAUCUGCAGGAUGAUCUGAGCGCCAGCACAGGCUCUGUAAUGGACCUCUUAGCCAAGCUGUGCACGUUCUCUCAAGUUUUGGAUGCAAUGAAGGCCAACGCAGCGGAUGAUCCGGAAGCGUCAUUUGGCAAACUGGUCCCCCGCCUCUAUCCAUUCCUUCGCCACACUAUCACGAGUGUUCGCUCGGCCGUCCUUCGGGCUCUCAUGACCUUCCUGAAACUGGAGGGUGAGGGCACCACAGAUUGGGUAGACGGCAAGGCACUGCGCUUGAUUUUCCAAAAUCUUCUCGUGGAACGCAACGAGGGUGUCUUGAAGUUAUCUGGCCAAGUUUGGUCAGAACUUAUCAGUGUCCUCGAGCUGCGCGGUUCAUUCAAGACGGAUGCUGAGUUGUCGGACUCCAUUCAGCCCCUUGUCACCCUGACUUUGGGCGCUUUCGGAGUUCCCCGAUACCCCAUUCCCAUGAACACGUCUCUCUUCAUCAAGCCAUCUGGUCUGCCAUUCUCUGUCGCGGUCUCAGCUCCAACCCCCAAGUCCUCCCCUCCUGCCUCUAUCUCGGGCGCGACGGAGACUAAGGUCGGACGGAGACGCAAAUCAGAAAAGAAGGAGAAAGAAGCCCCUGCACCCUCAGCACAUAAUGUGGAUGGACACAUGUUGUCCGGUGACAUUGACCUCGUCGGUGCAGACACUAUGUUGAGAUCUAAGAUCUAUGCUGCGAAGGCGCUGGGUGAGCUGAUCUCUUCCUGGGACAAUAAUGAACUACCAAGCCUUUGGCCUGCAAUCAUAGAUGGUCUCAGUGUCUCUGCUUCCACAACGCAACUUGCUGCGGCCAUGGUUAUGGAAGAGUAUGCUCGCCGAUCAGGAGCAGAGAGCAAAUACCACUCAACCCUGUGUGAUCAUCUUCGUUUGAUCCUUGAAGGCGAGCGUCCUUCCUGGUAUUCCGACAUUGCCUGCUACCUCCAUGUCGCGCGCGCCCAAUGCCAUUCAUUGCUGAACACUUUCCGGGAUCACGCACAUGUUUCUGCUUCCCGGCUGCCAACACUGGCUGUCGUUGUUCAGGGCGACUCCGAAGCCGGACCCAAUGCAUUCUCCUUGGCAGAUGCCGAGAAGAUCGUUGGCCCUGACUUUGAUCGACUGAAGAAGAAUUUGACUCCAGCUCAAAGGAUUACUGCCACGCAGGUCUUGACCGACACUCGCACCACUGCACAGUCUGCCGUCGACGAAGCACGACUUAUGAGAGAACAGCGGGACAUGCGUGUCCUAGCCGCCACUGCCGGUGCUCUGGUUGCAUUGCGGGAUAUCCCCAAGAAGCCUGGUCACAUUAUCAAGGGUAUGAUGGAUAGUGUCAAGAAAGAGGAGAACGUCGAGCUCCAGCAGCGCUCCGCGACUGCAGUGGCUGGUCUCAUCGAACACUAUACAGCUGCCACAAAGCGUGGACCGGUGGACAAGAUCAUUGGAAAUCUGGUGAAAUACUGCUGUGUGGACACUUCCGAAACGCCCGAAUUCCCCCACAAUGCCAAGUUGGAGAAAUCAAUCUUAUCCCUCCGCAAGGAAGAAGAUCGCCGCGAUCAUCCAGAUGCAGCCAAAUUUGAAAGAGAAGCCAGAGAGGCACGCAUCAUGCGCCGUGGUGCUAAGGAUGCUCUGGAGCAGCUGGCAGUAAAGUUCGGAGCUGAGCUACUGGAGAAGGUUCCAAACCUCGCCAAGUUGGUCGAACGACCCCUGAGAGACGCUCUGGCUGAGGACGAGCUUCCCGAAAACAUUACUGACCCCGAUAAUGAACUUGGCCAGGAGAUCGUCGAUGGUCUGUCUACACUACGGGCUCUCCUGCCCAAGUUCGAUCCCGGCCUCCACCCAUGGGUCAUCGAUCUUAUGCCCAUUAUCGCCAAGGGCCUCCAGUGCCGACUUUCUGUCAUUCGAUAUGCAGCUGCUAAAUGUUUCGCUACAAUUUGCAGCGUUAUCAACGUCAAGGGCAUGACCAUGCUUGUUGAAAAGGUGUUGCCAAUCAUUAACAACGGGCUGGAUGUGCACCACCGCCAAGGCGCCAUUGAGUGCAUCUACCAUUUGAUUCACGUCAUGGAAGAUAGGAUUCUCCCCUAUGUCAUCUUCCUGGUGGUCCCUGUCCUUGGCCGAAUGAGUGACUCCGAUAACGAUGUGCGUCUUUUGGCAACGACAUCAUUUGCUACCCUAGUCAAAUUAGUUCCUCUUGAGGCUGGUAUUCCCGACCCGCCUGGCUUCUCAGAAGAGCUGCUUGCGGGCCGUGACCGGGAGAGGAAGUUCAUGUCUCAGAUGUUGGACGUCCGCAAGGUCGAACCAUUCGAAAUCCCAGUCGCGAUCAAGGCCGAGCUCCGACCUUACCAGCAAGAUGGUGUCAACUGGCUUGCUUUCCUCAAUCGCUACAACCUCCACGGUAUUCUUUGUGAUGACAUGGGUCUCGGAAAGACACUGCAAACCAUUUGCAUUGUGGCAAGUGAUCAUCACAUGCGAGCGGAGGAGUUCGCCAAGAGCCAAUCUACGGACUCCCGCAAACUGCCUUCUUUGAUCGUCUGCCCCCCGUCUCUAUCUGGACACUGGCAGCAGGAGGUCAAGCAGUAUGCCCCAUUCCUAAGUUGCGUCGCAUAUGUCGGUCCUCCUUCGGAAAGGUCAAGACUCCAACCCAUGCUGGCUAACACCGAUGUGAUUGUCACUUCCUACGAUGUUUGCCGCAAUGACAACGACAUCCUUAGCGCAAUAAACUUCAACUACUGCGUGCUCGACGAGGGCCAUCUUAUCAAGAAUCCCAAGGCCAAGAUCACGUCUUCAGUCAAGAAGCUGGCUAGCAACCACCGUCUGAUCUUGUCAGGUACUCCCAUCCAGAACAACGUCCUGGAGCUGUGGUCGCUAUUCGAUUUCUUGAUGCCCGGUUUCCUGGGAACAGAAAAAGUCUUCUUGGACCGGUUUGCCAAGCCUAUUGCAGCAAGUCGUUUCAGCAAGUCUUCUUCCAAGGAACAAGAGGCAGGUGCUCUGGCAAUUGAGGCACUGCACAAACAAGUGCUACCAUUCCUACUCCGUCGUCUGAAGGAAGAAGUCUUGAAUGAUCUCCCUCCCAAGAUCAUUCAGAACUACUACUGCGACCCCAGUGAACUGCAGAAGAAGUUGUUCGAGGACUUCUCCAAGAAGGAGCAGAAGGAACUGGCAGAUAAGGUGGGCAGCGCAGACCGUGGUGACAAGGAGCACAUUUUCCAGGCGCUUCAAUACAUGCGACGUCUGUGUAACUCUCCUGCGCUGGUCGUCAAGGAAGGCCACAAGCAGUACAACGAGGUACAGAGCUUCUUACAUGCCAAGCGUUCGAACAUCAGGGAUGUUUCCCACGCGCCCAAGCUGAACGCCCUUAAAGACUUGCUGGUGGAUUGUGGUAUUGGCCUUGACCACACAGCAGAGGGUGAGCUGGAUACAGGCGCAAGCUAUGUCAGCCCCCACCGAGCCCUGGUCUUCUGUCAGAUGAAGGAGAUGCUGGACAUUGUGCAGAACGAUGUCCUCAAGAAACUGCUUCCAUCCGUGCAAUAUCUUCGUUUGGACGGAGGCGUCGAGGCAACAAAGCGCCAGGACAUCGUCAACCGUUUUAACACCGACCCGAGCUACGACGUCCUACUCCUGACCACCAGCGUUGGUGGACUCGGUCUCAACCUGACGGGUGCCGAUACAGUCAUCUUCGUCGAGCACGACUGGAACCCGCAGAAGGAUAUCCAGGCCAUGGAUCGCGCUCAUCGUAUCGGUCAAAAGAAGGUUGUCAACGUGUACCGCCUGAUCACGCGUGGUACCCUGGAAGAAAAGAUCUUGAAUCUGCAACGAUUCAAGAUCGACAUCGCCUCCACCGUGGUCAAUCAGCAAAAUGCAGGCCUCGGAACAAUGGACACAGACCAACUGCUGGACCUCUUCAAUCUCGGCGAAACAGCAGACACAGCCGAGAAGCCAGGCGAGCCAUCCGGUAAUGAAGUCGACAUGGUCGACAUCGACGGCGAGGUCAGGGAGAAGGGCAAGAAGGGCUGGCUAGAUGACCUAGGCGAACUCUGGGACGACCGCCAAUACCAGGAAGAAUACAACCUGGAUUCGUUCCUGGAGACCAUGAAGAAUUAA